CACUUGACUAUUUGCCAGGAAAGCAAGUGCAGAGAGCGCGUGUGGUUUAGCUGAAGUCUUUUUUUUUUUUCUUACCUAUAUAAAAAAAUCUUUGGCGAAGAACAAAGUGCUUCAGUUUCUUGCAGAGCACCUUUGUGGGAUACUGCGAGUGUCGUUUGUGUGUGGGAUUCAUUUUGGAGAUAAAUCAUUUAGCAGAGGAAAGAUCUGUGUGUGUGCUGAAGAUCCAAAAAAAAAGAAGCAAUUGAAUUGCCUUCAAAGAGGAUUGUUGUUGGAGACGCUGGAAAUUCUCCGUGAGUGAUUCAUCGUUAAAAUAGACGAAGCACAAGCAGAUUUCUUCACCCAGAUUCUGUUUGAGCGAUAGAAAAAAAAGAAUCCUUCAUCAUCCUCUUUGCCAAAUUGCAACGAUAAAUGCAUCAACAGUAUUAAAAGGUCUCAGAGUUUAGAGAGAAAGUCAUGGUGUGUCUAUAUGAGGUGAUUUACUCAAAUUAAGUGUGACGCUGCUGUAUUUGUGUGGAGAGCGGAAGGAAAAUUGUAUGAAGCAGCAUUGAGAAAUCAUUUUAUUGGCAUAAAGUGUGCAAUACAUAGCGCGACAAUUUUUGCGGAAAAAAGGAAAUUUUUGUGAUUUGUUAGAAAGUCAGAAGGUCUAGUAGUGGGAAAUUCAGUACAAAAGAAUAUUAAUUCUAUUAAAAAGAAAUCAUGGAAUUUCGUUUCAACGUUGCACAAUAUUUUAAAACACCCAUUAUUAAAGUUACCAACACCCUCCUACCAAGUGGAUACUAUGAGGAUCGAAGAGCAGUCCUCGAUGCCACGAGCAAAAUAUCAGAAAUUAUAAAUGAUAUGGGGGAAGCUUCGGCAAGGGCACAAGGUUUGACCAGGGCAGUUACAACAGCACAGAAGCUACGCAAUUCCGACCACAGCCUAUACCUCAUGUCUGAAAAAGGGGGCAAAAAUGGCGUCGUGACGGGAUUGCUGAAGGUGGGCGUUAAGUCACUGUAUGUAUUCGACGCCGAUGGGGAGACGCACAAGGUGAACGCGCCCUGCGUCCUCGACUUUUACAUUCAUGAGUCGCGGCAACGAGCUGGUCUCGGGAAGGUGCUCUUUCAGUACAUGUUGGACCAGGAGAACUAUCGCGUACAGCAGUUGGCCAUUGACCGUCCAUCGGAUAAGCUCGUGGGGUUCCUCAAGAAGCACUACGGGCUCACGCAGACCAUUCCGCAGAUGAACAAUUUUGUCGUCUACGAGGAUUUCUUUCAAUACAACACAUCGCGCGAUAGCUCUUCCAUGGAAAGUGCGGAAAUGCAUUUUACUAACAGCCCUAACACUAUGCUCUUUGGUCCGCAAUUCAAAUCAAACACCAGCGAAUUGAGGGGUCAGCAGACAAAUGGCAAAGCUCCACUACCCACCAUGCCCACGAUUGGUAAUCUCCAGAAUACUCCUGUUGGUCGAUAUGCAGCUCAGAGGCCACGAUGCAGCAUGGCUGAGAUAAUUCACAACAGCCCCGGCACAGUUCCAAAUGAACCUCAGAGUAAUAGGGGAUAUGCAAUAGAACAACCACAUCAGGAAGCUGCGGCAGAGGAGGAAAAGCUCGAAGAAUUAAUUGCUGAAGUGCACGAACUUGAGCUGCAGCAGAGUAAUGGGGCAGAGGAGGGUUAUCAAGAGGAGGAAGCUGCUGAUGUGCCGGAGGAGCAACAGCAGGAGGAAGAGCACGUGGCGGAGGAAGCUCCUGCGGAAGAGCAGCAGGAAGAGCUAAAAUCUCCCCUUGAGGAGGUGAUUGAGAGGCCAAUGUUUCAGCGUCCGACGCACUUUCAGCACAACAAGCAACACACAGGCCUCAAGAAUCUCUCCUUCAACGUGGGCCUAGCUGUGACGCCCACGGCAAAGAUGGAAUUCGAUCAGGAGAACCCCGAGAGCUUUGGUGUGGUGAAAAUUGGUCGUCCCAUUGGUGGGGUCCGUGGAAGUCCCGGCACUGAUGUUGGUGAUGCAGCAUCCGUCAUCUCUGGCGGUUCUGGUGGGUCACAUGGCAGUGAUCAGGGCUUCCUGGAUCUCAAAUUCUAUCACAAUAAAUUGUGGUGAAUUACCCGAAGUUACCCUUUUCUCAUCAAAUUGAUUUAAAAGAAAAGAAAAACGAAAAAAAUUCUUAUUUAAAUGUUUUAUUAGCUGUUUGUUGAAUUUUCUUGCGGUAGCUGAGAGAAUUUGUUUUGUUAAUCCGACAUUUUUAUAUGAUCUGUUUCAUUACAAACACCUACAUAAUAUUACAUAUAGUUUGUAGUUUUGUUUAAUAAUGUUGAGUAAUAUAUCACCUGUUUGAUGUAAAUAAAUAUUUAUCUACUAAAAAUAUUUUUGUGAGGAACAAUUUUUUGCGAGGAAAAAGUAACAGGCUUUUUUGAGCUUUUUUUUUACACCCACACACCUGUUAACAUUUUUUCCUUGAUAAUAAUACCUUUACUAGUUAAUAUGAUACCCAACUAGCAAUCAAAAGCAUUAAAGUAAAAAUAACGACUAAAAAGUAACAUAAUCUUGUCGUUUUGAUUUUUUUAAUGUAAACUUGGACACAAUUGCGAUAAAAGUAAAAUAAUUAUUGAAUUUGACAAAAAAGUUAUUUAAUAACACAUAAAACUAUUCAAAUCAAUAUUGCAACGAAGCUCCGCCUUGAAUUGAAAUUUAAAUGAAUAAGAAGAAGAAUCUACAAAGGAGCCCUCUGAUUGGCCUUAAUAAUAUUCUCUACGUCACAACUGGCUGGAGCCUCAGUGCAACGUUUAUUUGAAUAGCAAAUAUAAUUUUCAAUAGAAGUUGGUAUUUUUUUGUUAUUUUUGUGGAAGGAUGGAGAAAGAUUUUUUAUACGUAGUUAAUGAAUUUUUUGUAUAAACUGUUUUUUGCAAAGAAAUAUUAUUACAAAUUUUUCUGUAUGUCCCUUUUCAGUGGAGCACCAUUUGAAAAGAUCUAUCGUGAUUUUAUGCUUUAAAAAUGAGCGCAGUUUUCAAAUUGAGCAAAAGAAAAUGUGUCCCCAACACUAAUUUAAAAAAAAAGUGUUUUUAUAAAACUCAAUGAUAUAAUAUGACAUGUAGUCCUGGCUGAAUAUAAUCAAAUAUAACAAUUUAAUGUUCCAAAAUGUCU